GCAGGGGCGCGCAGUGGCCUGAGGGAGUCUGAGCCGCUCCGCGCAGACGCGCAUCCUCCGACCGCGGCUGCUAUGAGCACGCCGGCCGUUCCCCGGGACCUGCAGCUGCCCCCGAGUCAGAGGGCCCAGUCCGCGUUCAGAGAACAAAGGAGACAGAAAUUCAAGGAACACCUGUUAAGAAGAAAAACAUUUUGUUCAUACAAACAGGAAAAUCAGACAUUAUCCAGUUGUGGAGAACAGACAAUAAUGACAUCUGAGGACCAGGUCCAAAAAGGAACAAAAGCUCUGAAUCUUAAAACAGAAAUGGCUGAUACAGAAAAUCUCAGUCCUACAGGGGACAAAAAUACAACAGUGGACAAAAAUUAUGUUCCUUUAAAGCUGUCUAAUGAAUUAAACAAUUCAACCACAGUAAUUGACGCAAAGAAUUUUGGUGAUGAUAAUCAAGCUAUACAAUUGUUAUCAAUUAAAGAGGAUCCCCAAAGUCAACAUAUGACAUUAAGCCAAGCAUUUCACCUUAAAAACAACAAUAAAAAGAAACCAGUGACUGCAGAAUAGCCAAAGCAAGAUGCUAACAUGCCCAAAAAACCUGUGCUUGGAGCUUACCGUGGUCAAAUUGUUCAAUCUAAGAUUAAUUCUUUCAGAAAACCUCUACAAGUCAAAGAUGCAAGUUUGACAACAACGAAACUUGCAACUACUGUCUCUAAAGCCACAAAGCCUCAGCCUAUAAACACUAGCAGUGAAACAGUGAAAAGUGAGCAACCCUCAAAUAUGACAGCUGCCACUAAAUCUGUGAGAGCUACAUCUCAGAAUACACAACUUGUGAGACCUCCUAUUAGAAGUCACCAUGAUAAUACCCAAAACACGGGGAAGCAAAGCAUCAGUAGAACCUUGGCCAACGUUACCAUCCGGAAAGGGCCUCGGGAAAAAGAAUUAUUACAAUCAAAAACAACUUUAUCUAGCAUCAAAACUGCUUCUUCUCAGGACAUAAAAAGAAACAAGGCACUGUCAAGAGGCAUAGUGUCUGAAAUGGUAGCCAAACCUACUUCAUCUUCUAAUACCAAAUUGGUAGAAAAGUCAAAACCCGUUGACCAGCAAAGACCUACUAUAACAACAGCAACUGUUAGUAGUAGGUCAGGUCAACCCAAAGAAACUGCAGAACAGAGAAAAGCUCGUCUGAGUGAGUGGAAAGCUGGCAAAGGAAGAGUAUUGAAAAGACCUUCUAACCCAGUAGUUCAACAACCUGAGCCUGAGGGACAAGCUGAAAAAACAGUGGGGUCCUUCUGGACUACCAUGGCAGAAGAAGAUGAGCAAAGACUAUUUACUGAAAAAGUAAACAAGACAAUUUCUGAAUGCCUGAACCUGAUUACAGAGGUUUAUUUGAAAGUCGGAGUUACACAGAGAGAGGAGAGACAGAGAGAAAGAAACGUCUUCCAUCUGCUGGUUCACUCCCCAGAUGGCCACAACACUCAGAGCUGCACUGAUUUGAAGCCACUCCAAAGUAAAUGUACCAAGGAACAAAUCCAAGAAGGCAACACUGAAGAUAAAGAUCUUAAUCUAGAACCAGUAAAACAGGAAAUAGAAAAUAAACAUCAUAGAAAUGUGGUGUUUCAAGAUGGAAAAGAACAAGAUGAUAAAACAAAAGAUUCAACCAAUGAUGUUAAAACCCCCAAUACUAAAACCAGAGCAAGUUGCAUAAUUAAAUAUAAUGUAUCCACUACACCAUACUUGCAAAGUGUAAAAAAGAAGAUGCAGUUUGAAACGAAUUCUACAUAUAAAGAGCUGAAGUUUCUUACACCAGUGAGACGUUCCCGUCGUCUUCAAGACAAGACUUCCAAAUUGCCAGAUAUGUUAAAAGACCAUUAUCCUUGUGUGUCUUCACUGGAGCAGUUAACAGAGCUGGGAAGUGAAACCGACGCUUUUGUCUGCCGUGCUAAUGUAGCACUCUGCACGAUGUUCUCCGAGACCAAUACAACAGAAGAGGAAUAAAGCGCUGAUGAAGAAUAGGGUUUUAUUCUUCCUGAGUGUUGUCUUUUGUGUGGCUCUGUAUUUCCUUUUGGUCUGGAGAUGGCUAAGUCCCUAAGUAUUCUUAAAAGUGAGCUCCUUUCCUAGCAUUUAUCUUAUAACGGGCAUUACCUUUCUAUGCAAUGAAAACAUAAUCCUGCCUUGUAAAUCUCAAUACUUUUCUUUAAAAUAAAUAGUUUAAAACAGCUAGUUUACUGUGUUCCUUGACUAUAAACAGGUUUGGUCAUGUUAGCUUCUUUACUAAAUCUAAGUACAGUAAGAUGUAUUAUCAGAAAAUAAAAUAUUCUUGAUAAAUUUUCUAGUUUUGCGGUUUUUUUUUUUUUUUUUUUUUUUUUUGACAGGCAGAGUGGACAGUGAGAGAGACAGAGACAAAGGUCUUCCUUUUGCCGUUGGUUCACCCUCCAAUGGCUGCCACGGCUGGUGCGCUGCGGCCGGCGCACCGCGCUGAUCUGAAACCAGGAACCAGGUGCUUCUCCUGGUCUCCCAUGGGGUGCAGGGCCCAAGCACUUGGGCCAUCCUCCACUGCACUCCCUGGCCACAACAGAGAGCUGGCCUGGAAGAGGGGCAACCGGGACAGAAUCCGAUGCCCCGACCGGGACUAGAACCCGGUGUGCCGGCACCGCAAGGCGGAGGAUUAGCCUAGUGAGCCGCGGCACCGGCCCUAGUUUUGCGUUUUAAAAAGUUGUGAUAAUUUUCUUUGAUUGAGUAGAACCAAUUCCCUUCAAGUAUAAAACAAGGUUUAGCUUGCUUUUUCACCAAAUUCCUGUUACCCAGACUGUUGUGCCCUGUUGUGUCUCUUGGACUGCUUGUGGUUCUUCACUGUCAUUUUCAUCAGUGAUAGCCUGUGUCUAUUGUCUCUUGGCCUCUUACUUAUAACUAAGGUCACCAAAAAGGAUAAAUAGCCUAUUCCUAAAAGAGGGUUCUUUGUGUAAGAAAGACAAGAAGCCACAUUUUGUAGAUAUUUGAAACUUUAAUCUGAGUUCCUUUUAUAACUUGACUACCUAAAACAUUAACUUCCAUAGCUUCAUUUGGUAGUUUAUGAACUAUUAGAAUUGAAUUAGGAAAGGGAGUAUAUAAUAUUUAAUAAAUUUCUUGUUGAGGUAUCAUUUCUAAAAUAGUUAAUAUUUAUAUUUGCUUUCUCCUCUAUAACAACUUUACUUUUCAGUCAUGAUUCCAGCAAAAUAAAAUUUACAUACUGUAGGAUCUCUGUCUUUAAUGUGCUGUACACUGUUAUUUAAUGCUAUAACUAGUAACUCCAACAGUAUUUUUUUCACUUUGUGUUGCUAUAUGGGGGCAAACUGUUGAAAUCUUUACCUAAUAUAUACUAAACUGAUCUUCUGUAUAUAAAGAGAAUUGAAAAUGAAUCUUGAUGUGAAUGGAAGGGG